AUGAAGCUGUCCAUCUCCUUGGCCGCGUCCUUAGUCUCCGGCGCGUAUGCCACCAUCUACUACGCUGGCGUUGCUGAGUCUGGCGGCGAGUUCGGAGUCUGGUCGCCAACAUCGACACCAGGCACUGGUCUCCCAGGCCGCUUUGGCGUUGACUAUUCCUUCAUCAGCGAAGCAGCUGUCGAUGUCUACGUGGACCAGAACCAUGUCAACCUCUUCCGCAUUGCCUUCCUGUUGGAGCGCAUGUGUCCCCUUGCCACCGGUCUUGGCGCGACCUUUAACGAGACACACUUUGGGUACUAUAAGCAGGCCGUCGACUAUGUGACCAAGACGAAAGGCGCCUACGCCAUCCUCGACCCGCACAACUACAUGCGCUACAACAACCCGAGCUCGCAGCCCUUCAGCGGGAGCGUCAUCGGCAACGCGUCGGACCCGACGGCGGCCACGACGGCGCAGUUCGGCGCCUUCUGGGGCGAGCUGGGCCGGCGCUUCGCCGACAACGAGCGCGUCAUCUUCGCGCUCAUGAACGAGCCGCACGACAUGGCCACGAGCCUCGUCCUGGCCAACAACCAGGCCGCCAUCGACGCCAUCCGCGCCGCCGGCGCCAAGAACCUCAUCAUCAUGCCCGGCAACAGUUGGACCGGCGGCCACGCCUGGACCGAGGGCAGCGACCCGAGCUCAGCCACCAUGAACAAGUUUGUGGACCCGGCCAAUAACACCGCCAUCGAUAUCCACGAGUACCUCGACUACGACUACAGCGGUGGGCACCUGGAGUGCGUCAGUGACCCGAAGACGAACCUGGACGCACUGACGGGCUGGUUGAAGGUUGGUUUUCUCUUUCCCUGUGACCCCUGUCAUCCCGAGGCGAGGCUAAGAUGCGUGCGUCGCCAACAGACAAACAAGCUCAAGGCCUUCAUCACCGAGUUCGGCGGCUCCAACUCGACCUCGUGCCAGAAGAUGGUCCCGGAGAUGCUCAACUACAUGGCCAAGAACCCGGAGUAUAUCGGCUGGACGGCGUGGGCCGCGGGCCCCUUCUGGGGCACCAACAGCCCGUGCUGCACCAACUCGACCCUGCUCGGCAGCCUGGAGCCCGGCAGCAAGGCCGGCGACGGCAGCCCCGGCCUGUACGAGACCGUCUGGCUCAAGCUCAUGCAGCCCCUCGUCCCCAAGCUGCUGCAGUGGAGCGGCCCGGCGAGCGUGUCGGGCGGUAAGCUCACUGCCAAGGCAUAG